AUGGCCAAAGACGAUUCUGAAUCCGACGGAUUCAAAGAAUCGUUCGAAUCCGACGAUAACGCUGGUCCACAUGCUGUAAGUUUUUGUAUCUUAUGUUAUUUAUGAGGCUGAUAUGUCAGCUCAACAAAAUGAAUUUCAAACACUUCUCUGUGUCGUAUUUUACAAUGAUACUUACCACAAUAUAUCAUUAAACUUUUAGAUAUCAACAACGCUGUAUCUCCAGAAUCACGAGAAGAUCUCGUUGAUAUCUUCCCUGGGACCAUCAGAUGGAGCCAAAGAUAGCAAGGACAAUGUGAGUGUGACAUCAGCUGAUCGUCUACCACAAUGUCGUAUCUGUCUGUUGUGUACGCAAUCCAAGCGAAAGCCUCUGAUAUCACCAUGUAGAUGUGCGGGUACGAUGCAGUUUGUGCAUACUACGUGUCUUUUGGUACGUUUUUUUUAUUAUGAAGGUAUAAUAUCAACAGGGUAGGGCGCAGCUCUAAAAGGGUUGUUGCAGGCUGCAGGAUCUGAUUUUGUCGGCUUUGAUUAAAGUACAAUAAAAAACACUUAAAAUUGUAUAUACAUAUACUUAGUGAUGGUUUAUGUGUACUUUAAAUAGUAUUAAAAUGUCAUUCUUCAGCGAUGGAUAGACGUAUCAUCGCGCAAAGCCCAGCCGUGCCCUCGCUGUGAGUUGUGUGGGUAUCGCUACAAGCGACAAGGCCUCGUCAAUCUGAAUCCAGUCCAGUUCCGGGUACCUUCGGUCUGUCUUCGCGACAAAAUUUUAAAUUUUUUAACAAUUCUAUUGUUAUGUAUUAUGACAUUUUGUGGAUGGGUUAUCGUCAGGUAUAUCAAGUUGGCCAUAAAGUAAGUUUUUACUCCAAAGUUAAUAUUUCAAAAUUUUUACAAUUUUGACAGUAAUUUAAGUCAAAGUUUUUAAGAGUAAUGUAAUAUACACUGAGUAACUGUAUUACGUUUUUAGGAGAUGGAAAGCGCACAGAAUCGGUCGAUUUCUGAAUGACGAUGACGUUACUAUGGUCAGUGCUUGUGUGUUGUUUCUGAUCGCUCUCUUUCUGGCUGUUUUUACUCAGAAUCGGGCCGAGGUGAGUUAAGCCAUCAUGAGUAAUAUACGCAAUAUACUUUAAGAUUGAUUUUCUUACACAUUUGAUUUAAAAGCUUACUUUUACUAUACUUUUAAGGCUUAUACUAAUAUAUAUAUGUUAACUAAAGUAUUUUACAAGGUAUUAAUCGUUUUGAGCAUUAUGAUACUCAGGAUACUAGUAGUACGGGCAUUACAAGUAGCUUAGAAUAAAAACUUUAUUUUUCGUAUAAUGUAUAUAUUUAAAUUCACCACAAAUUACUUUAGACACCAAUCUACUCCUUAGUAUCCAGAUGUUGGUCUCGGAACCGGUCGUUUCGAGAGUAUCAACUUGAAAAUGACAUUGAACGAAUAGAAAGUGCCGAGUCUGCUUAA